AUGCUAAAUCAAGACACAGAGGAAGAAAAUCCAAAUACAAGUCCUGUGGAUAAUGCUUGGGCUAUGAAAAUACCAAAAUUCAAACCUGAAGAUAAUCCACAUGGUCUAUUAGAAGAAAGUAAGUUUGCUACUUUGUUUCCUAAGUACAGGGAACAGUACUUGAAAGAUUGUUGGCCUCUUGUGCAAAAAGUGUUAAAAGAGCACUUUAUAGUAGCGGAACUAGACCUUAUUGAAGGAAGUAUAACUGUUAAAACAACGAGGAAAACAUGGGAUCCAUACAUAAUAAUAAAGGCAAGAGAUCUAAUGAAACUUUUGUCACGAAGUGUUCCUUUUGAACAAGCUGUUAGAGUGCUUGACGACGAAAUAGGUUGCGAUAUUAUUAAAAUCAACUCUUUUGUACGAAAAAAGGAAACUUUUCUGAAAAGACGACAACGCUUAAUCGGUCCCAAUGGAGUGACCCUCAAAUCUAUUGAAUUAUUAACAGAAUGCUAUGUGCUGGUGCAAGGAAAUACUGUUUCAGCUGUAGGACCAUAUAAAGGAUUAGUUCAGGUGAGGAGAAUUAUUGAAGACACUAUGAAAAAUAUUCAUCCCAUGUAUAAUAUUAAAAGCUUGAUGAUUAAACGUGAAUUGUCAAAAGAUCCUAAACUAAAAAACGAAAGCUGGGAUCGAUUUUUGCCCAAAUUUAAGACUAAAAAUGUUCCUAGAAAAGAACCCAAAAAUAAAGCUACAAAGAAACCUUACACACCAUUUCCUCCCCCACAAACAGAGAGCAAAAUUGACAAGGAACUUGCAACUGGUGAAUAUUUCCUUAAGGAUGAACAAAAACGAGCAAAGAAACGCAAUGAGAAGGAAGAAAAGCAAGCCCAAGUCAAACGAGCUAAAGAUGAAAAACGCCAAAAAGAAUUUAUACCACCAGAGGAGAAAACUGAUAGUACUUCUACAUCUGUUGUUACAGACACUGUUGAUCUAAACUUACUUAAAUCUAAAAUAAAAAAGAUUACUAAAAAACAAAAAGGGAUAAACAAAGUGUGA